GAACUGAGGAACUCAACAUCACUCAAACCCUGUCAAAACAAUGUCCAAACCGCAAAAGCCACCCGACAAUGUUUAGCUGGCUUGGCAAAGAACCGGAACUGCACCCGGAAGUCUACGGCAAUGUGGUGGACGGCCUCAAAAGCAUCUACAAGAGUAAGCUGGUUCCUCUGGAACAGCACUAUUUGUUCAACGAGUUCCAUUCGCCUCCGCUCAGCGAUGCGGACUUUGACGCUCAGCCGCUGAUUCUUUUGGUCGGGCAAUAUUCCACCGGGAAAACCACUUUUAUUAGGUAUCUGCUGGAGAGGGACUUUCCCGGCAUGCGGAUCGGGCCGGAACCGACCACUGACAAAUUUAUUGCGGUCAUGUACGGCGACAAAGAGGGCGUGAUACCCGGCAAUGCUCUUGUGGUGGAUCCAAAGAAGCAAUUCCGGCCCCUAUCAGCCUUUGGUAACGCCUUCCUCAACCGCUUCCAAUGUUCCCUGGUCAAAUCGCCAGUUCUAAAAGGAAUGACCAUCAUCGACACUCCAGGCAUUCUAGCCGGCGAGAAACAGCGAAUCGAUCGCGGCUAUGACUUUACUGGCGUUCUGGAGUGGUUCGCUGAAAGAGUGGAUCGGAUUAUUUUGCUGUUUGAUGCCCACAAGCUGGAUAUUUCUGAUGAAUUCCGCCGGUCGAUCGAAGCGAUCCGAAGCCACGACGACAAAAUCCGCAUUAUCCUGAACAAAGCUGACAUGGUGGAUCAGCAGCAGCUAAUGAGAGUGUAUGGCGCCCUCAUGUGGUCCUUGGGCAAAGUGCUGCAAACUCCCGAAGUAGUUCGCGUCUUCACCGGCUCAUUCUGGAACGAGCCGUUAAGAUGCGACACUAACCGGAAGCUGUUCGAAGACGAGACGCAGGAUCUGUUCAGCGACUUUCAAAGUUUGCCGAAGAACUCGGCGCUGCGCAAGCUGAACGACCUGAUAAAAAGGGCGCGACUGGCCAAGAUGCACGCGCUGAUCAUUGCAGAGCUGAAGAAGGAGAUGCCGAUGUUCGGCAAGGAGAGCAAGAAGAAGGACCUGAUCAGGAACCUGCAGGUGGUUUACGAACGGAUCAGGCAGGAGCAGCAGAUUUCGGCCAGCGACUUUCCGGACAUCGGACGCAUGCAGGACAUGUUGGUGAAAUAUGAUUUCAGCAAGUUUCACUCGCAUAAACCGAAGCUACUGGAGGAUGUGGACCUGAUGUUAAGUGAAGAUAUUUCGAAGCUGAUGGCCAUGAUUCCGCACGAUUCCAGCCCUCCUUCCUUCCUUGAGGUGCGUGGCGGGGCAUUCGAAACAGUUGAAGAUAAAAUGACCCCAUUCGGCUACAAAUGCGGAGAGGGUUGCAAUGCGGGCUUUGGGGAGCCGGAGUGGAUCGUGAACAAGGAAAGAGCCUCGUAUGACGCGCUGUUUGACAACCUCCAGCCCUGUGAGGGCCGAUUGUCUGGGGCUGCAGUCAAGGGGGAAUUCAUGAAAUCCAAGCUGCCCAAUCCAGUGCUGGCGAAAAUCUGGAAACUCGCCGACGUGGACAUGGAUGGACAGCUGGAUAAGGACGAGUUUGCUUUGGGGAUGCAUUUGAUCAAUGUGAAGCUGAAUGGAGGUGAAAUUCCCCUGCAGCUGCCCGAGCACUUGAUUCCUCCCAAGAAGAAAGACAAAUGGGCAAAGCAGGAAAAGUACAAAAACAACGACACAGAUCGGGACUCUUAAGUAAAAAUAAAGAAAUUUAAUUAUUGA